AUCUGGGGCCGCCUGGGGGCUGCUCCAUGUAGAGAUGCCAGCAUGCUCCUUGUGGUGUGGGUCUUCUCUGUCCUGGCUUCCCCGUCCGUCGCCGCAGAGAGACCCGCCCAAGGUGAGGCUGCAAGCCUCGAAAGCGGCAGCUCGCAGUGCGCGGGCUUGAAGGUCGAGUUGAGCAGGAUCCAGCAGACGAUGCAGGACGCGCAAGGGGCGCUGGCUGAUCUCGAUCACUUGGUGUCCUCUGAAUGGGCAAGCCUCUGGAAUUUGGACGGCCUUGGCCACACGCAGGGGGCCAUUUCCUCCGUCCUCACGGAAGAGGUUGGCCGCUUGCAGCAUCUGCUGACCACUUCCCAGAGCGCCAAAGACAAGCCACCUCCGCUGGGCACCGCUCUCAUGUGUCAGCUCCCGGGCUGCUACCGCAAGAUCUCUGAGGUUUAUGUUUUUUGUUCCGAUGAUGAGAACUUCCUGGUUGGCUCCGUAGCGGUGCCCCGAGGCCAUGGACGAUGUCAGUUGAAGGCCGUGUACUUUGCUCCUGCUCAUGCCGUCGACGCGAAUGGGGACUGCGUGUUAUGCCAUCUGACCAGAGUCGAUUUUGGUGUCGUUGCAGGAAAGGCCUAUCAGCAAAGCAGAGCCCAAGAGAAGCCAGCCCAAGCCGUGGUGGUCGCAGAUGAGGUGGGCGACGAGGCAUGGGCUGCACUCGCUGCGUCCUACGACGCCGAGGACAGCAGCGCGAUCUAUGCCAGCCAGGGCAGUGAGGACCCUUUCCGGCGGGUCGCCCGAAAGAGCCAGUUCGAGGACAUGAUCCAGAUGUUACGGGAGAACCCGGGACGCGACAACACGGAGGCUGGCGAAGCCGAGCUUCAUGGAGAUGGGUCGCCAGAUCCGGAUGCCAAUGCCCUCAGAAGAUCGAACCCCUACGAGUGGGACUUUACCAACAAGCGGAAGGUGAAGUUGACCACGAAGCAGCUGCGGAAGAUGUUCAGUCCCAGGCAGCCUCCUGGCAUCGAGGUCAGCAGCCCGCGGCGGACGUACCGGCGCUGGUCAGAGGAGUCCGAUCCGAAUUCGGAGUUCGAAGAGUUGAGCUCCUUCGGCGGUGAUCAGGAAGACACGUCCUGGAUCGAUGAGUUCCUCUCUGCGCCCGCCCGGCGCGACUCUUGGCAUGCGCCUGCCAGUCUGAAGGAGAACCAGCUCCUGCGAGUGACCAACGAUGAUCUCCAGGAAGCCUGCCUCCGUGGCGACCUGGGAUUGGUCAAGCGGCUCAUCAAUGCGCGAGCCUCCGUAAAUGCUCCGAUCCGUCCACAGGAUGCCGAUGAAUUUAUGACUUUGUUGCACGUGCUUGCGAGGAAGCCCCACAUGCAGAACUGCAGUAGCAUCAUCGCAGAAAUGGUCCGCAACAAGGCGAACCUCAAUGUCAGGAGCUCUUUCGGAACAACUCCGCUGAGUCUUGCCUGUCACUCAAAGCACACGGAGGCGGUGGAGGUUUUGCUCCGCGCGAAGGCCUCCGCCGAUCCGAUCGACGACUAUGGGAAGAAG